UAAAAUGCCGGGGCGGCCGCGACUCCGCUCUCAGCCCCUGUCGGCGGCCGGGCCGGGCUCGCCGGCUCCUCCCGGGCGCUGACUCAGCCGCAGCCGCCCGCCGCCCCCGGAGCCUGGCCUGGACUGCGCCCCGCGCCCCCGCCCCGCAGCGGGCGCCCCGCCGGCCCGGGACCCGCGAGCGCACGGGACGGCCUCGCCAGCGGCCGCCUGCACAGGUGCCUGCGCUCUGACUGGGAGGCUCUUAGCGACGGUGACAUCCGGCCUCUCGCCUGCCCUCCGGGAGCAGCCUGACCCAGAGUGGGAGCCGCCCGGUGGCCCUUAUGACGUGCUGACCACUCCCAGCGGCAGGGGUGGAAAAUGGUACCAGUCAACCCGGAGCCGGAGGAGCCUGCCGCCGCCGCCGCCCUGACAUGGAGGAGCCCACGCCCGAGCCCGUCCACGUGGAUGUGGACAAGGGGCUGACCCUGGCCUGCUUCGUCUUCCUCUGCCUCUUCCUCGUGGUGAUGAUCAUUCGCUGUGCCAAGGUCAUCAUGGACCCCUACAGCGCCAUCCCCACGUCCACCUGGGAGGAGCAACACCUAGACGACUGAGGUGGGGUGGGGCGGGGCGGGGCAGGGCCUCCGUGUCCCCCAGCCACCGGCCAGCCAGCCCGCGGAGCCGAGGAUGUUCCCCCCACUCCCGGCAUCACAGUCAGGGGCCGCGGGGGCUCCGCCGUGGGCUGGCCUGGAGAUGAGAGCCCUGGGCCCGGAGUCAGGAGGCCGGUCUGCGCUGGGCAGUCCCCGUGGGAUGAUGGGGGGGGUCCCCUUCCCCGGCUCCUGUGUACCUUCGGGGACUGGGCCCAGGGCAGAACCCCUCCGUCACACGACAGUGCUCUCGCGCGGAGGACGCGGUCUGCCCUUAAAAUGCAAAGCAGCACAAGCAGGGCCCGCAGCUCCCGGCACCGACGGCACGGACGUCCCCGAGCCCGCAGCAGGGGGUGUCGACGGUGGACGGAAGGGGCCGCACCCAAGCCUCGCACAAGGCCCAGACCUGCUUCCCAGCUGCGUUUUUUAAACUAAGACACAGAGGGGGUCUGUCUUCCCCAUCAUCAAUGAAAUGUGCAUUUUGGGGAUUGGGGAACAUACAGAAAAGGAAGGAGAGGGAGAAAAAGGCACAACCCCACCCCCCGGAAGCCCCGUCCGUUUUGAUCCAUCUCCCCUUAUGCGUCUCCUUUUAAAGGUCACCUUUGUCCCAUACGCGCGACGUGGCACCACUUGGUCGUAGGGCCCAGACGCUCUCUGGUCCCGUCACGUCCCGUCACCUCAGUGGGCAGGGAGGCUCUAUCGGUGCCGCCCUUGGCCGCAGGCUUCGGUGGGGUCGGUGACGUCCCCGCACACGACUUUCUUCCACGUGGUACCGUCUCGGACGCGCGCACGCUGCGGGGGGAGCCCUGGACCAGGGGCCCUGGGUCUUGUCCUCAGUCACCCAAAGUCGGUGUGACCAUGAGCGAGUCCCACCCCCUGUGCCGGCCUCUGUCCCCUCACGUCACCAGGGGUGGGGGUGGGGGAGGAGAAGCCUGGCCCUCUUGGUUUUGUGCGAGGCUCCUGCGGCUGAAGGACAGGAGGGCUGGUGGGGGCCAGGGACAGGUUGCUGAUAGUGACUGUUCUCAGGGCCUCCCCCUCCCCCAUCACCUCUGUCUGUGGUCUCGAGCAAGAACGCAGGCCCCCAGCGCAGGUCCCACGUCCCAGCUCCCCUGCAUGCCGCUGUGCCGCCCCAAAUAACUCACUCAGCCUCUCUGAGCCCCAGCUCCCUCCUCCAUAGCGCGAGGGAACCACGUCUACCUCACAAGGUUGUUAGGUUGUUGUGAGGACGGAAGAAAGGAGACAUCGGUGUCCUUCCUUGACUCCACCCCGCUGGGAGAAGUCAGGGGUCUGAGCCCCUCCCCCUCCCAGCAGAGCCUGGAACCCCAGGACGUUCCUCAACCUCCCAGGACCCCUUCCCGGGCCAGCUCUCCCAGCCAGGACCCCUGGUCAGAGGGACGCUCACAGCAACCUCUCCUAGCACCUGACCUCAAGGGAUAGGGUGCCUGUCCCUUUACACCACUGUCAUCUGUUGAACCACACAGCGUACCCCUCGCUCCGAGGCAUGGCCUGCCCUCCCCAUCAGGAGAGACCUGCACCUGUGAAGAAGGGCCACGCUCCCUUCCUGCCCUGCGUCCCAGCCCUGGGUCCCACCCCAACCCGGGCACCGGGACAACAGGUUUCCAAAGCACUAUCACCACUCAGUGACCCUACACGUGAGCAAGGCCACAGCUGUUUAGGCACAUUCCAGGCCCUGUGGGUCCAGCGGUCCCCCCCACCGCACACACAAGCACACACCCACUCUGUGGGGGCACAAAGGGGCGGCUGGUAAGGGCAGCGGACCGCGAUGCACUGGACUCUGGAGGAAGGACGGAUCUAGAGCAACGACCCUGGGCAUCGCCUCAGGCCCAGCAGCAGCCUUGGCUCUGCAGCCUACCUCAGAGACCCCCAGCACUGCUGUGAAAACCCAGCGGUGUGGGUUACCGUGGGAAUCAGCAGUAGCUCGAGGUCCGUUAGUGACAGAUCCCAAGAACGGGAGGGGAGACCUCUCCCGGAGAUACUCUGGGGUCCUCUGGAGGGAAGGACGUGCCCCAGGGUCACAUCGGCAGUGGUGAGGAGUUCGCUGCAAAUCCAGGAUCCUGGGCCCCAUCCCGACCUCCAGGGUCCCGGUCUCGGGGGACGGCGCCCGGGGAAGCUGCCGGGGAGAGCCACCAAGCGGCGGGUGAGUGUCCUGGCGUUUGAGAACCACGGCUCUGGGGGUCCCGGGGGUCCCACUUCAUUCUUUUCCACACUUAGAUUUGCUGAUAUUUCUCUGGACUUUUUUCUUUUUUUUUUUUUUCUUUUUGGUGGCAAGGGGAAAUAACAUUUCAGAAAAGAUGCAAAAUAAAAACAAUCACCCCCCACCCGAGCCUCUAGCGGAACAGGGAUUUCCACUGUGUACGCACGCGCUCCCUUCUAAUCCUUGUCCAAAUGCAAGAUAUAUUUUUUAUAAACGUCAUGGGUCACAUCACUGAGAGCCACAGUCCCUCCUGGCAUCAUGUCGUGCGCGUUUGUGCCACUCCUGGCUGUUGGGCAUCUGAGUGGCCACGGGACGUGCCGUCUGGCGUGUGCGUUCUCCACACCCCCGUGACGACGCGAGGCUUUUGUCUUCCCCCUUACACGUGCACCACGAGACCAAAGAAGGGUGGAGACAGAUGGGACGGACGCUGGGUGUGGGCUCAGACAGUGGGGAGAGACUCUUGCACCCCAGCCCGUCGGCCUGAGACACACGUAGCCUCUGAUCGCAUGAAAGGGCGUGGAGAGCUUCUGUGGCAGCUCUCGGGGGCUCGGGAUGGAGGGGUGGGCUUCUGUUCAGUUCCUGGCGGGCCAGGUGUGGUGCGGGGCUGUGGAUGCAGGGAGAAACUGUCCAGCAAAAGAAAUGAACAGAAUUUUUGAAGCCUGGAAGCCGGCAGAGAAGAAGUGGAAGGAUUCAGCGAGAACAGUCUGCGAGGUUGGCCACAGUCCAAGCCUCCAGGGAAAAGACAACCAGAAAGUCCCCGCUGCAGAGAAAGGACGGAGGACAUUCCAGACGGUGGUGUCCGGUGGCUGCUCCGGGCUGCCGUCCGCACUGUGCUUGGCUCAGCCCCCUGGCUCCCUCCAG